AUGAAUGACGAAGGUUUGAUCCUGAUUUUGCUCCGAUGCAUUAACCUAACGUGGCUCAAGCUCCGUGAAUACCGUGAGAUAACGGAGGCAGGAAUGGCCGCUAUUGGCAAAAACUGCAAGGCGUUGAAGAAGCUAUCUUGUGCUUCAUGUGUGUUCGGCAUUAAGAGAAUCAACGCUGUCAUUAGCCAUUGCCAGGGUUUGGAAGAGCUCUCUGUUAAGCGGUUGCGUGGGGCCCACGAUGGCGAGGAGGUGGUUGGUUCCGGAACGACGUCGGUGACUCCUGUUUGCUUGAAGGAGAUUGUGAAUGGCCAGAGCUUCGCGCCCCUUAUGAUUGGGUCGAAAAGGCUUCGAUCUUUGAAGGUAAUUGGAUGUUUGGGGGAUUGGGAUGACACCCUUGAGAAGAUUGAGAACCUCCACGCUGCGUUGGUUGAUGUUCACCUUGAGAAGAUUCAAGUUAGCGAUGUGGGUCUUGUGGGUUUGUCUAAGUGUUUGAAUUUGGACACUUUGCACAUUGUUAAAACCGCUGAGUGCUCAAAUGUGGGUCUCAAUCUAGUUGCUAAGAACUGCAGGAUAUUAAGGAAGCUUCACGUUGAUGGGUGGAGAACCAAUAGGAUUGGUGAUGAUGGUUUGAUUUUUGUUGCCAAACACUGCAUUAACUUGCAGGAACUUGCUUUGAUUGGUAUCUAUCCAACAUCUUCAAGACUUGAGGCAAUUGCUUCCAAAUGCAAGGCUUUGGAGAGGUGUUGCAUAUGGCCAUCAAAAACAACUUUGAGACAUGUUUUUAGUCAACAGGUGAUAUUAAGUGACGGUGACUUAUCAACUCUAGCUAACAUGAAGUUUAAUUUGGAGUUGAACCACCUAACUAUCGAAACUGACAUGCCACAAGGAAGUGAAGAUCCAAGCAUGCUUGGGUGCAGAGAGGCGGCGGAACGGCGGUAG